GCAUCCUGGGUCGGCGUAGCAAUGGCGGCUCGUGUCCUUUCCUCCUGUGUCCGCCGCCUGCCUGCGGCCUUCGCGCCGCUGCCUCGUGUCUCCGUACCCGCCCUGGCCCGGCCGCUCAGCACCGCUUUGUGUCCCGCGGGGAACCGGACGUGGCCCGGGACUACACAGCUGGCCUUAGUGCUCACGCAGGUUCCAGGGAGAGUUACACAAUUGUGCCGCCAGUAUAGUGACGCACCCCCUUUGACGUUAGAGGGAAUCAAGGACCGUGUUUUAUAUGUCCUGAAACUCUAUGACAAGAUUGAUCCAGAAAAGCUUUCGGUAAAUUCCCAUUUUAUGAAAGACCUGGGCUUAGACAGUUUGGACCAAGUGGAGAUUAUCAUGGCCAUGGAAGACGAAUUUGGGUUUGAAAUUCCUGAUAUAGAUGCAGAAAAGUUAAUGUGUCCACAAGAAAUUGUUGAUUACAUUGCAGAUAAGAAGGAUGUAUAUGAAUAAAGUAUCAGACCCCUCUUCCUCACCAAGAGAGGACUCGGAUGAUCCUGGGGAGUGUGUGGAAGUGAGAACCCAUUCUGGUGUCGUCACUGACCUUGACAGAGCAGUUCUCCUGGACUUGUAUUUAAAUUCUCUAAAUGUACUGCCCUUUGAAAAUAAAUCUAUAAAACCAACA